UUUGAAAAUACAUUUCCGGUAACAGUCACGUUAAGUGAGGCAAACCUAACAAUCCGACCGUCUCAGCACCAUCCAAACAUUAGCUUGCUAAAUAGCUUCCAGCUACCCAAACUGAAGAAAACCGAGCGCUCCAUCCCAAUAAUCUAUGAGUCGCAAACGAAACCACAGUUUCACUGAAGCGAGCCUGUCUCCUGAAGCCCACGGCGUCUUCAUGGAGCCUCCCGGGUCAGUAAGUGCAGCUGACGGUGAUUUCGUGGAGCUGGAACCCGACGAAGAGCUUCUCUGCUCGGUUAGCGACAUCACUGAGCACCUCGGGAGAAACAUCACCGUAGUGCUGGAGACUGCGUUGUCCGAGAUCCGUAAAAUGGUCAGCAUCCGGAUAAGAGUAUUGAAAAUGGAACUUCGCGAGAAAAGCGAAGAAAUCGAAAUGUUAAAAGCACAACUGGAUACAGUUCAGCGGGAUGGUAGGGACGCAUUUCCUGGCGUGGCGAGCGUAGAGCCGCCUGCAGAGGCUGGCUUCAAGAAACAUGACUUCAGCUCUGGAGCCAAGCACAACAAUAUCGACCCACGGAGAGCCAAAGCGCUCAUGUCUGGUGUGAAGAAGGAAAAUAUAGACGCCAUUUGUCACUAUCUGAUGAAAGACAAGAACUCGAGAGGAUGUGCUGAAAUGGACGGAGACCAGAGCGACCAGGCCGGUGACAGGGAGGUGCGCCAAGGGCCAGACCCGCAUUCCCUUAACUUGUGGUCGGACAGCGGGAUGGCCGGGACCGUGUCUAUGCACGUAGAUUCCGAGUCCACCACAGAUGACAUCUUCAGCAUGCUCCCUUCCGGUAGCAAGCGAAUGUAUGAAUAUGAAUGGAUGGCACCAAUGGAAUACACUUCAGACCUGAAAGUUAUAAAAGAGCCUGAUCAUGAGAACGCCUGCACCACUGAGACAGAGAAUGAUGGGAAUGAAGAUGACUCGACCACGAGGGAGGGGUCGAUACCUGAGCAAGCACAGACUCCGCUGUCACGUGCCCAGCCUUGCGACUUCUCUAUGGAGCCUCAGAGCUCUCCAGGGGAGGAAGGGAAUCCUUUGGAGGACUGCACAGACAGGCCUGAGGCAGACCAGCAGUUAUCCAGUCACACCUACAUCUGCUCAAUGUGUGGAACCUUCUGCCCUGACUCUUUCUUUCUGGAGGAGCACAUAAAACUAAUACACUCAGACUCUGCUGGAGCCCUGGCUCUCCAGGCACUCCAGUCCACGUCCUCCACUACACCCUCCAUGGGAGAUAGCAGUGGUGAUUCCAGGAGGGCUGGUGGGAGCCAAAAUGAGGGAAGCACACAAUUUGGGUCUGUUGCAAGCAUCAGUCAAGGAGGGGGUCCUAUAAAAAAGGAGAUAAAAAUUGAGGGGGGGUAUGAAUGUGGGGACUGUGGCCGCCGCUUCAACUACCUCGGCAACCUGCGGCAGCACCAGCGCAUCCAUACUGGAGAAAAACCCUUUGUGUGUCCAGAGUGCGGGGAGAGAUUUCGCCAUGCAGCCCGCUUAAAAAGCCACAGGCUAAUUCACAGCGGUGCCCAGAGCCCGUUUCCUUGCCCUCAGUGUGGGAAAGGUUUCUCUGUGCUGUCAGGACUCAAGAGACACCAACGGGUGCACACUGGUGAGAGUCCAUACGCAUGUCCUCAGUGCGGACGGCGCUUUAAAGAACUGGGAAACUUGUACACCCACCAGAGGAUUCACAGCGGGGCCACACCCUACCGCUGUCAGCAGUGUGGGCGCAGCUUCCGACAUCUGGGCACCUACAAGAGUCACCGCUGCACCCCGGGACAGUAAUCGGCCUCUGCUUCUGCUCUCCACACUCCUAAUACUAUGAAGUCUAAAAUGUAGAUCAAAGAUAGAUUGUGAUCCAGAGUUUGACUCAUAAGUCGUAAUUUCAGUGCUCUCUGAUGACUCCGUGAGGACGCUGGACAUGUGAAGACUCGGUUUUAUGAGAUGAUGCCCCAAUGUUCAUGUUCUGUUAUAUUCAUGAUGGAGAUGUGCUUAAUGAGCCUCAGUGUCUUGAAUAAACUGACCUCAAGGCAAAUACAUUGAAUUGUUCUUUAGCUUUCAACAGUAUUGCAACGCCUUCAUCACCAGAUCAAGUCUGAAAUUCUCUGAGAAUAAUCGGAAACCACCGGCAAAAUGAUUAUUAAGCAAACCACUGGUACAAGUUACCUGUCCUGCAGUGAGAUUGGUAAAGUGUUUUUCAAUGUGUAUACAUUGAGCUUGGAAGUCCUAUGGUGUAUAGUGUAUAGUAUGGUGCUUAUAAACAUGACGGCAGGUGUGUCAUAGCUAAAUUCUCAAGAACCUGCUGUCUCUAAAGUCACUUAACUACUUCCUGAAGUAAAGCACAACAUAUUUUUUAAAUUUAAAACUGCUUGAACAGACACAGAAACUUGUCAGCUUCUAUGUGUAACAGGUAAGGUCCUAGAUUUCUUCCUUUCUAAUGAUAAGAAUAUCAUAUUCACAGCCACAUUUCAAAAUUAUGGCAAAAUAUUAUAUUUUUAAACCGGGUUUCAUUUUGUCUGUUGUUAGUAUUGCAUCCACAAGGUCACAUAUCAGGCAAGCCUUUGGCUAAUUCUUUUAUUUAUUUAUUUUUUGCCAUAAUGACAAGUUCACCUGACAUUGAGAAUUAAAGCUAGAGUAUAAUUUCUUUCUGGAGUAGCUGCUGGUUCACAGGUUUUGCUUAUCAGGACAUAAGAAAUCAUCUGGUCCUUUGCAGAGGGUUUGAUUUUAGAUUUGAGAAGUGAUUCUACUCUACCAGAGUUGCAGCUCAUUGAACAUUGUACACACAUCAAGAAUACCUCUUCAGUCAUUAAAAUUAAUUUCAUUUUGAUCUGCUGACAAAUUAAGGCGAUUUACACAUCUCUUUUAUUAGCGUAUAGUUAAUAUAGUUAGUAUUUAAAUAUGUCCAAAUGAAAUCUUCAGAGCUCCGAUGUGCAGCUGUCAAUGUCAAUAUAAAAAGCAGCACUAAGGGCGCAGUUAGAGCUAAAGUUACUAACUCGAAUUAAUAUUAAUUGAAGCACUCUGUGCAAUAAAACACCACAUUAAUAACUUUCUGCAGCAUUAUUCUCUCAUCAUGUCAAUAAAAAUGUUGCGUUUAACUUACAUUUUGUAUAUUCUUUAUAUUUAUCAUCAUCAUCUGGUAACAUUUGUGAUUCGAUUGGGGAAAAACCCAAGAGAUCACUUUAUGCGGAAGAGUCAUAUGACGUGCAAAAGUCCCAUGUUUAUAUGAGUGCACACAGAGCUCGGCUUAACAGAGACAGCUGUUAAUCACUAUUGUGAUACCUGUUAUUCCCAACUUGGGUUUUAGGUUUGUUGAACAAGCAAAGGCAAAAAAAAAGAAAAGCCUGUGUGUGUUUGUUUCUGGAACACUGAACUUUCUGCACUUAUUUCAAAAGAUCCUGAAACAACAACGCAUUUUAAUAAUUUACCAAAAACGAUGCCAAACUGGAGUAAUGGCGUAUGAAAAGCCACUUGAAGAAGAUGUUUUCUGUGUGACUUUAUCAGUCUCCUCAUCACAUUGUUGUGGAGGGACUUUGGCCUACUCUUGUUUACAGCGUUGGUUCAGUUCAUUGUUUAUGUACAGGUCUGCUAAGGCCCACCACAGCUUUCAGUCACGACGUGGUCUGGACUUCGACUGGGCCAUUGCAACACUUUCUUUUCUGUUUUUUAACCAUUCUGUUUGAUAUUUUCUGUUUUGUGGUCAUUGUCCUGCUGCAGUAUUAGAAAAGCUCAUGACUGCUUCAAUGACUACGAGAUCAUGUGGCUGCAAAACAGAACAAGCAGACCAAAUACUUUUUUGUUUUGUUUUUUUGUGUUUGUUUACAAUUUCUUCAUGUGAAUUUGCUGUGACAUCAAACCCUGGGUCAGUGAUUUUGAAUAUUAUCCACUUGUGAAUAAUUGUUCUCACUGCAGAAUGAGAUGCAAUUGUUGGAAAUGGCCUUUAACCCUUCCCAGAUUAAUGGUCAGCAAAAAUUGCUUCCCUGAGUUAAUGGCUUUCUUCCUCAGCAUUGUGUAGACUUUUUAUCUUCUGAAAAUAUGAAUAAAAAUAAAUCUAACUACAAGUAUUGGCUCCUCUAUUAUACACUAUGUUACUCCUCAUAUUAUUUAAGUAAUAAAAUGAUCUUUGUUACCAGGCCAGUAAAACACUGGUCUUUUUUUAUGCAUUCAGAAACUUGAUGACAUGCUGGGAUAUUUCAAUCAGAAAGGCAAAGCAUUUCUGAUUUGACCAACAUGGUUGAAGUAUGUUUAAAUCAUGAAUCUUUGAGUACUAAAAUGUAACAGUUUGACUCUCGUAGGUUCAUAUUAACUGAUUUGUUCUCAAACCCGCUGAAUCUCCAGGAUCCCUCUUACACGUGUAACUAAAUGGACGGACCUGACGAAGCUUUUGGACAGCACCACCCACAUGUAGACUGUUUGUGUAACACCAACAAAACUUGGCUUUUGUGAUAUGUUUGCUGUCCUGAUGCUACUUUGUGUUUAUAUUUAAAACCUAAUUCUACAGUUUGUGUGUUUGAUGAUACAAAAUUGUGAAUUGCAGAAAAGUCAUUAGCCACUGAAAGAAAGAAAAAGCACAUAAGUGUCAAACAUGAGUUUGACACUUAUGUGCUAGAGGGUGUGGGAAGCCAUAGCCCCGCCCCCCAGAGCAUGGGACAUAUCAGGAAGGAACUUGGGGUUAGUAGUGGUUAGGAUAUUUGGCAUUCUGACUGGGAGCAGCAGGGAUCAAACCACCAACCCUCUGAUUAGAGAAUGACCUGCUCUACCUUCUGAGGUACAGCUGCUCCAACUUAACAUGUGUCUCAUUGGACUGUGGAAGAGCCUAUAAACUCCACAAAUAUGCUCUAGCUAACCAGUUAGUUUAAACACAAAGCCCUCUUGCUGUAGGGCAUCAGUGCCAGUCACCUCACGA